AUGCAUAAUCUUUUAAAAAAUACAUUAAACUUCGAUAACUUUAAGAAUAUUAAACUUGAUUUAAUUAACAAAAUAAACUCUUCCGAUAACAACGAUUAUCAUGAAGAAAAUGAAGUAUUUAAUUUUUUAAGAGAUAAAAAAUUUGUUUCUGAUGAGUUGUAUUUUAGUAAACGAUGGAAUAACGAGAAUGUAUUUUCAGUUAAAAAAGAAUUAAGACAUAUUAAUAAUUUGAAACUUUACUUGAAAUCUAUCAAAAAUUUUAGCAUUAAUGAAGAAACAAAAUUAAAUAAAAGUAGCAGAGAAAAUAAAAAUGUUCAUGAAAGAAUUAUGAAUUUUUCCUCAUAUUUUAAAAAUAGGAAUAAUGAUGAUAUUGAUGGAAAACACAACAUAAAAAAUGUGUUAUUAAUUAGCACUCUUUUCAAUAUGGGGAAAAAUAAACAUAGAUUAACAGAUAAUAUGUUCCGUAAAACAUUGUAUAAAAAGAUAGGAAAAAAUGGAGUUAAAAAAAAAAAUAAAUAUGAAAAGCCUACAUUAAAACAUAUUUUUGAAAUAAAAAAUAACUGUAAAAAAAACUUGAGAAUAACUCAUUUGAAUAGGAUAAAUCGUAACAUAAAUGUUUAUCGUUGUUAUUAUAAAAAAUAUAAUAUUGAAAAAAAAUAUUUCAGAAACAAAGAAAUAUAUUUAAAACAAAAAAUUCCAUUUGUAACUUUUACUAAAAAAAAUAAAGGUUUUAUAAAAAAAGGUAGUAAUAUAAAUAAAUGUGAAGAAUUAAUUGAAGAUAGAAAAUCAUUUAAAAGAAAGGAACAUUAUAGUAAUGAUAAAGACAUUCCUUUAGAAAAAAAAAAUUAUUUGAAUUCAUCUUUAAAUACAAAGGAAUAUAACAGAGACACAAUAAAGGAGAUAAAAAAAAAUAUGAAGAAAUAUGAAAAAAAUUAUAGGUAUGAUAGAGUUAAAAAUUCAUGCAAAGGGGGUUACUUAAGCAAUUUAAAGUUUCUAAUAUUUAAUAAGGAAUGUAAAGAUGGAACUAUUAUAUUCCAAAAAAAAAAUAUAAAAAGCGAUGAAUUAAAAAAAAAUAAUCAAUAUUUUAAAAUCACAAAAUUUGAUGGUAUAAGUAAAACAUCUUCAAAUUUGAAAAAUAUUAACUUAAGUAUAUUUAGGAGAAUGAGCACAAAUAAUCAAUAUAAAAAUAAAAGAGAAGUUAAAAGAAAUAAAGACUUACGUUCCGAUUUUCACAGUAAUAAUAUUAAUUUUUAUGAAACACUGAUUAAGAGAGAAAAAUACAAAGAAGAAAGUAGAAAUAAAGAUUUUUUAGAUAAAAGUGGAGUUCAAAAUAAUGGAAUGAAAGAAAUUAAGGAGAAAAUUCAAAAAACGCUUAUAAGUUUAAACAACAUUAAAAAAAAUAAUUAUAAAUUAAAAUUUUGCCUUGAAAAAGAAAUUAUAGAUAAUACAAUUCACCACAAUGAAUUAAAAAAAAGCAUAUGUUCUCUUUUUAAUGAAAAUAUUCUACAUAGAAAGAAUGUUGAAGCGCGCAAAAGUAGUCCAAAAGAAAAAAUUGAAAUGAACGAAAGUAAUAGAAACUUGUGCAAUGAAAGUUACAUAAAAGUGAUUAAAGAAAGUAGUGAAAAUGUAGAUAAUGAUUAUUUGUAUAACAAGAAUUGUAGUAAAAAUUUAGAGAAAAAUACUACAAUACACAAAAAAAAAAAACUAAACGUUUUUCUCGAUAAAAUAGCACAAGUUAAAAAGAAAAGAAUUCACAAAAAUUGUGAUUUUUACGAUAAUUCUAAUGACAAGAAAAAAGAAACGACAUUGCUUAGGGAAAAUAAAAAAAAUAUUCAACUUAAAGAUAGUAAUAUAAUAGAAAAUUUUUCUGAAAGUAGCAUAGGGUUAGUAAACAAUACAAAAGAGAAAAGAGAUAUUUUAAGUGAAUCUAAAAGCAUAGAGUUUUCUGGGAUAAAACAUACAAGUAUAAAAAGAGAAGAAAGUAUAAAAAAUUUUAAUAGAAAUAUGAAACUUUUAGAUAGUUUAGAAAAACAAUAUUUACCUUACUUAAAUUUUAUAAAAUUAAAUAAUAAAAAAGAAAGAAAGAGUUCUACUCUUAUUAGAAGUCUUUAUGAAAAUCCAACAAAUUGUAAAAUUAAUAGUAAAGUUAUAGAAUAUGAUUUGAAUUCUAGAGAUUAUACAUUAGGAAAAGAUGAAGAUAUAAAAUUUUUUGAAGAAAAAAAAAAUAAAAUAAAUACAGAUUUUAAUAAAGACACAAAUUUAUUAAAUACUAAAAAAUUAAGAAAGAGAAAUCAUAGUUACAAAAGUUUACUUCACUGUACAAGUUUAAAGGGUGAUAUAAUUGACAUAAAAAAUAAAAAUAAAGUAAAUAAUUCCAAUUUCGUUACUCAAGAAAAAAGUAAUAUAUUGAAAAAUUUAUAUAGAGAAAAUGUUUGUAGAGAUGAAGAGAUGUUAAAUAGAAAUUUUUCAAAAAACUUUAAAGAUAACAUUAAAAAGGAAGUAAACAAUAAAAAUCAUUCCGAAAUGGUAGAAAUGAUGGAAACUUAUAAACAAAACAAAUGUCUUAAUGACAAUGACAACUCGUAUAGCAAUGAUGAAAAAGAAUUUAAUGAACAGAUAAGGAAAAAUAAUGAAUAUAAAAGAAAAAUAUAUAAAAAGGAAUAUUUGGAAUAUGAAAAUAAACAACUUAAAUCAUUAAAUGAAAAAAAAGAUAAAGAAGAUAAUAUCCAUAUAAAUAAUACUAUUAAUGGAAAUAUGUUUAAUGGCAUUUUUGUUGAUAAUAAAAAAGCAAAUUAUGAUGUUAAUUCAAAUAUUUUUGUGGAAAAUUCAGUUAAUUUGGAACAAUUUUUUUUAAAUAAAGCAAAAAAAGAAAAGAAAGAUUUUGCUUUAGAAGACGUAAGAAAUAUUAAAAAAAUAAUAAAUUGUGAAAUAUAUGUAAACGAGAAAUUUGAAAGAAUACACAAUAGAAAUAAAAUUGCAAUAAAUAUAAUUGAGAAUUAUUUAGAGAAAAGAAAAAGAGAAUACUCGGAUUUUCCAAAAGAGAAAAAUAAUAUAUACCUACAAAAAAAUAAUGUCAUGAAAAAUUUAGAUGAAAAAAAAAACUUAAAAUUUUUACCAGGCUUAUAUGAACACUACGCUUUUUUGUUACUUAACUUUAGAAAUUGA